UUAGACUCACAUCGUCACAUUUCUCACAUGGCAGAGUUGUGCGUUUCUUCUCAGUCCUCCUUUCUCCUCCACCGCCCCAUAACCCACAACCGCCUAAACCCCCGAACCGCCCUCUCUUUUUCUCUAACCGGCGCCGGAGCUACGCGCCUGCGAUUCGGACCGUCCUCCGAUCAUGCUCGUACCUUGAGGCUCGGGGUGGUCUCCGAUCCUUCUGCUCCCAGCUUAUUCACCGUUGAUUCGGGGACCAAGGGUAUAGUCAUCGAGCCCGAGAUCGGCGGCGGCGACGGAGGCGAAUUUGGCGGCAGAGGCAGCGGUGGCGGUGGUGGCGGAGGAGGUGGUGGUGGUGAUAGUAACGAUAGAGGCGAGGAGGGAGGUGAGGAUAGUAGCGAGAGAAAAGGGAUGUCGAUGUCGCAGAAGCUAACCCUAGCUUAUGCUGUGCUUGUUGGAGUGGGUGGCGUUAUGGGCUUUUUGAAGAGUGGCAGCAACAAGUCACUGUUGGCCGGAGGAAUAUCAGCAUCCCUGCUCUUUCUUGUUUAUACUGAGCUUCCUAAAAGGACAGUUUUUGCAUCGUCCCUUGGGCUUGGGCUGUCUGCUGCCCUUCUGGUUGUGAUGGGCUCUCGUUUUAAGAGGUCGGGAAAGAUAUUUCCAGCCGGCGUUGUAUCUCUUGUUUCACUCAUAAUGACCGGUGGCUACUUUCAUGGAAUUAUACGUGGCAUGCACUGAAAUAUGCUCGAUGUAGUAACACGAGUUACUGUGAUGUUUUGGAUCUUUCCCCCAUUUUUUCCUAAAUAUCUGGUAUCUAAUGCCAGAUCUUUUGGAGUAUGAGCAACUUCUAGGCUUUUGACUGUAGGAUGUGGUGCUUGAAAGUUUAACUUUUACGAUGAAAUUUUAAGUUUGCAGAUCUGUUUUGUAUGUGUUUCAAUUUCUGUUGCCGUUUUUAUUCACAAAUCGUCUCUGGCUGGCUGACUCCGUAGCCAGAAUUGGUUUAUUAGAACUUGAAAUCUGUUGUGAGGUUGAUCUGUUUGCUGUAUUUCUUUUCCAGUACAAUGUGUUCCCAUAACAAAUAGGCUCAUGUCCAUUGGUCGGUCUGAUACCUGCCAUC